AUGGCCAGCUCACGUUGUGGACAGAAGCCAGAGCUGGUGCAACAGGGACACGAAGCAGCUGGGGUUCUCAGGCUCAUCACCCUGCGGGGCUCUAUCCUGGAGGACGCCACCCCCACCGCGACGAAGCACGGGACAGGGCGGGGCCUACCCCUGAAGGACGCCCUGGAGUAUGUCAUCCCCGAGCUCAACAUCCACUGCCUGCGGCUGGCUCUCAACACUCCCAAGGUGACCGAGCAGCUGCUGAAGCUCGACGAGCAAGGGCUGUGCCGGAAGCACAAAGUGGGCAUCCUCUACUGCAAGGCCGGCCAGAGCUCGGAGGAGGAGAUGUACAACAACGAGGAGGCCGGCCCCGCCUUCGAGGAGUUCCUCGCCCUGAUCGGGGAGAAGGUCUGCCUGAAGGGCUUCACCAAGUACGCCGCCCAGCUGGAUGUCAAGACUGACUCCACGGGCACCCACUCCCUCUACACGACAUACCAGGACUACGAGAUCAUGUUCCACGUCUCCACCCUGCUCCCUUACACCCCCAACAACAGGCAGCAGCUACUAAGGAAGAGGCACAUAGGAAACGACAUUGUGACGAUCAUCUUCCAGGAGCCAGGGGCGCUGCCUUUCACCCCCAAGAACAUCCGCUCACACUUUCAGCACGUCUUCAUCAUCGUCCGAGCCCACAACCCUUGCACUGAUAAUGUGUGCUACAGUAUGGCUGUGACCCGAUCCAAAGAUGCUCCUCCUUUUGGUCCCCCAAUCCCCAGUGGAACCACAUUCCGCAAGUCUGAUGUCUUCAGAGACUUCUUGCUGGCCAAGGUGAUUAAUGCCGAGAACGCUGCGCACAAGUCGGACAAAUUCCACACCAUGGCCACCAGGACCCGCCAGGAGUACCUCAAGGACCUGGCUGAAAACUGUGUCUCUAACACACCCAUUGACUCCACUGGCAAGUUCAACCUCAUCUCCCUGACCUCCAAGAAGAAAGAGAAGACAAAAGCGCGGGCGGGCGCUGAGCAGCAUAGCGCAGGGGCCAUUGCCUGGAGGGUGGCGGCUCAGGACUAUGCCCAGGGCGUAGAAAUCGACUGCAUUUUGGGGAUUUCCAACGAGUUUGUGGUGCUCUUGGACCUGCGCACCAAGGAGGUGGUGUUCAACUGCUACUGCGGGGAUGUCAUUGGCUGGACCCCAGACUCCUCGACGCUCAAAAUCUUCUACGGGCGAGGGGACCACAUCUUCCUGCAGGCCACAGAGGGCUCCGUGGAGGACAUAAGGGAAAUCGUCCAGAGACUGAAGGUCAUGACCAAUGGCUGGGAGACGGUGGACAUGACCCUGCGGCGGAACGGGCUCGGGCAGCUGGGCUUCCAUGUGAAGUACGACGGGACGGUAGCCGAGGUAGAGGACUACGGGUUUGCCUGGCAAGCCGGCCUCCGGCAAGGCAGCCGACUGGUGGAGAUCUGCAAGGUGGCCGUGGUCACACUGACCCACGAUCAGAUGAUAGACCUCCUGCGCACCUCUGUCACCGUCAAGGUGGUCAUCAUCCCGCCUUUCGACGAUGGCACGCCCCGGAGGUAA